ACGCCCAACACUUUAUUGUAUUUCGUUCCUUUCGUCAAGUUGUGUCCGUUCGUAUUCGCGAAAACAUGCCGCGUUGUUUGAUCAAGUCGAUGACAAGAUACAGAAAGACCGAUAGCUCUUCUGAAGAGGCAGAAUUACCAUGGACGCCGCCGUCAUCGGUUGAUGCGAAGAGAAAACAUCAGACCAAAGAUAAUUCUACGAAAUGUAGUAAUAUAUGGACGUCUUCAAAAUUACCAAUCGUAACACGGUAUACGUUUAACAAAGAAAACACUAUGUUGUGGAAUAAAGAAUCUAAUGUAGACGAAGUAGAGUUAGGGAUGAUAAAUUUUUCCGACAUCGAAAAUACGAUAUCGUCGACUACUACGAAUAAUCAAACGACCUCGCAAGCAUUAUAUCUUACUCCAAAUAAGAAACAGAUUGAUUCCCAAAAUCAGUAUCUGGGUGGCAAUAUGAAAACAUCGGGGGUGGAAAACCCACAAAAUUGGAAACGAAAUAAAACUAUGCAUUAUUGUCCCUAUUGCCGCAAAAGCUUCGAUCGUCCGUGGGUGUUGAAGGGUCAUCUUCGCCUCCAUACUGGUGAACGACCUUUCGAGUGUCCAGUCUGCCAUAAAUCUUUUGCUGAUCGAUCAAAUUUACGUGCGCAUCAAAGGACACGGAAUCACCAUCAAUGGCAAUGGCGAUGCGGGGAAUGUUUCAAAGCAUUCUCACAAAGACGAUAUUUGGAACGACAUUGCCCGGAAGCUUGUAGAAAAUAUCGAAUAUCUCAAAGGAAGGAACAAAAUUGUAGCUAGAAGACAAAUUUUAUUUCUUUAA